GGGGCCGCCUCGGGCCGAGCGGGCGCAGCGAGCCGCCUGGUGAGCGCCGACAACAUGUCGGAUACCAAGGUAAAAGUUGCCGUCCGGGUCCGGCCCAUGAACCGACGAGAACUGGAACUGAACACCAAGUGCGUGGUAGAGAUGGAAGGGAAUCAAACGGUCCUGCACCCUCCUCCUUCUAACACCAAACAGGGAGAAAGGAAACCUCCCAAGGUAUUUGCCUUUGACUAUUGCUUUUGGUCCAUGGAUGAAUCUAACACGACAAAAUAUGCUGGUCAAGAAGUGGUUUUCAAGUGCCUUGGGGAAGGAAUUCUUGAAAAGGCCUUUCAGGGUUAUAAUGCUUGUAUUUUUGCUUAUGGACAGACAGGUUCAGGAAAAUCCUUUUCCAUGAUGGGCAAUGCUGAGCAGCUGGGCCUCAUUCCAAGGCUCUGCUGUGCUUUAUUUCAAAGGAUCUCUUUGGAGCAAAAUGAAUCACAGACCUUCAAAGUUGAAGUAUCUUAUAUGGAAAUUUAUAAUGAGAAAGUACGGGACCUUUUAGACCCCAAAGGGAGUAGGCAGUCUCUUAAAGUUCGAGAGCAUAAAGUUUUGGGGCCAUAUGUAGAUGGUUUAUCUCAACUGGCUGUUACUAGCUUUGAGGAUAUUGAGUCAUUGAUGUCUGAGGGAAAUAAGUCUCGGACGGUAGCUGCAACCAACAUGAAUGAAGAAAGUAGCCGCUCCCAUGCCGUGUUCAACAUCAUCAUCACACAGACACUUUAUGACCUGCAGUCUGGGAACUCGGGAGAGAAAGUCAGUAAGGUCAGCUUGGUAGACCUGGCAGGCAGCGAAAGAGUGUCUAAAACAGGAGCUGCGGGAGAGCGACUGAAAGAAGGCAGCAACAUUAACAAGUCACUUACAACCUUGGGGUUGGUUAUUUCUUCACUGGCCGACCAGGCAGCUGGCAAGGGUAAAAACAAGUUUGUGCCUUACCGAGAUUCAGUUCUCACUUGGCUUCUUAAGGACAAUUUGGGGGGCAACAGCCAGACCUCCAUGAUAGCCACCAUCAGCCCAGCAGCAGACAACUAUGAAGAGACCCUCUCUACAUUAAGAUACGCAGAUCGAGCCAAAAGGAUUGUUAACCAUGCCAUUGUCAAUGAGGAUCCCAAUGCAAGAGUCAUCCGCGAACUGCGGGAAGAAGUGGAGAAACUGAAAGAGCAGCUCUCACAGGCUGAGGCUAUGAAGGCCCCUGAACUGAAGGAGAAGCUCGAAGAAUCUGAAAAGCUGAUAAAAGAACUAACAGUGACAUGGGAAGAGAAGCUGAGGAAAACAGAAGAAAUUGCACAGGAGAGACAACGACAACUUGAAAGUAUGGGGAUUUCCCUUGAGACGUCUGGCAUCAAGGUGGGGGAUGACAAGUGUUACUUAGUCAACCUAAAUGCAGACCCUGCUCUUAACGAACUCCUGGUUUAUUAUUUAAAGGCUCAUACCAGGGUGGGUGCAGAUACCUCUCAGGACAUACAGCUCUUUGGCAUAGGAAUUCAGCCUGAGCACUGUGAGAUUGACAUUGCAUCUGAUGGAGAUGUGUCUCUUACCCCAAAAGAAAACGCAAGGUCCUGUGUAAACGGCACCCUCGUGUGCAGCACCACCCAGCUGUGGCAUGGUGAUAGAAUCCUGUGGGGAAAUAACCACUUUUUUAGAAUAAACUUACCGAAAAGGAAACGGCGAGACUGGUUGAAAGACUUUGAAAAAGAAACGGGUCCACCGGAGCAUGACAUGGAUGCAGCCAGUGAAGCAUCCUCAGAACCAGACUAUAACUAUGAGUUUGCACAGAUGGAAGUGAUCAUGAAAACGCUGAACAGCAAUGACCCAGUUCAAAAUGUGGUUCAGGUCCUGGAGAAACAAUAUCUGGAGGAAAAGAGGAGUGCUCUGGAGGAGCAGCGGCUUAUGUAUGAGCGCGAGCUGGAGCAACUCCGCCAGCAGCUCUCCCCUGAGAGGCAGCCCCAGAGCAGCGGCCCUGACCGCCUGGCCUACAGCAGCCAGACAGCUCAGCAGAAGGUGACCCAGUGGGCAGAGGAGAGGGAUGAACUCUUCCGACAAAGCCUGGCAAAGCUCCGAGAGCAGCUAGUGAAAGCUAAUACGUUGGUGAGGGAAGCAAACUUCUUAGCUGAGGAAAUGAGCAAACUCACUGAUUACCAAGUGACUCUUCAGAUCCCUGCUACAAACCUCAGUGCCAAUAGAAAGAGAGGGGCAAUAGUGAGUGAGCCAGCUAUUCAAGUGAGGAGGAAAGGAAAGAGCACCCAAGUGUGGACCAUUGAGAAGCUGGAGAAUAAAUUAAUUGACAUGAGAGAACUUUAUCAAGAAUGGAAGGAAGAAGUUCCAGAGGCAAAGAGACUCUGCGGGAAACGAGGUGACCCGUUUUAUGAAGCCCAAGAGAAUCACAACCUAAUUGGUGUGGCUAAUGUCUUCUUGGAGUGCCUCUUCUGUGAUGUGAAACUCCAGUAUGCAGUUCCCAUCAUCAGCCAGCAGGGGGAGGUUGCAGGGCGUCUCCACGUGGAAGUGAUGCGCGUGACAGGAGCUGUUCCGGAGCGCGUGGUGGAGGAUGACUCCUCGGAGAACUCUAGUGAAAGUGGGAGCCUCGAAGUCGUAGACAGCACUGGGGAAAUCAUUCACCGAGUCAAAAAACUGACAUGCCGGGUGAAAAUUAAAGAGGCAUCUGGGCUGCCCUUGAACCUCUCCAAUUUUGUCUUCUGUCAAUACACAUUCUGGGACCAAUGUGAGUCUACAGUGGCUGCACCCGUGGUGGACCCAGAAGUCCCUUCUCCACCAUCCAAGGAUGCCCAGUACACAGUGACUUUCUCUCACUGUAAGGACUUUGUGGUGAACGUAACAGAAGAAUUCCUGGAGUUCAUUUCAGAUGGAGCAUUGGCAAUUGAAGUAUGGGGGCACCGGUGUACCGGAAAUGGUAGCUCCAUCUGGGAAGUCGAUUCCCUUCAUGCUAAGACGAGGACACUGCAUGACAGGUGGAACGAAGUAACUCGCAGGAUAGAAAUGUGGAUCUCCAUAUUAGAACUGAAUGAGUUGGGGGAAUACACUGCUGUGGAACUUCAUCAGGCAAAAGAUGUCAACACGGGAGGCAUCUUUCAACUAAGACAGGGUCAUUCCCGUAGAGUGCAAGUAACAGUGAAGCCUGUACAGCAUUCAGGGACAUUGCCUCUUAUGGUUGAAGCCAUCUUGUCAGUAUCCAUUGGCUGCGUAACGGCCAGGUCUACCAAACUCCAAAGAGGGCUGGACAGUUACCAGAGAGAUGAUGAGGAUGGUGAUGAUAUGGAUAGUUAUCAGGAAGAAGAUUUAAACUGUGUACGAGAGAGGUGGUCUGACGCACUCAUUAAACGACGGGAAUACUUAGAUGAACAGAUUAAAAAAGUCAGCAAUAAAAAAGAGAAGACAGAGGAUGACGUGGAGCGGGAAGCCCGGCUGGUGGAGCAGUGGGUGGGGCUGACUGAGGAGAGGAACGCUGUGCUGGUCCCAGCACCAGGCAGUGGCAUCCCCGGCGCUCCCGCCGACUGGAUCCCACCUCCUGGAAUGGAAACCCACAUACCAGUUCUUUUCCUUGAUUUGAACGCCGAUGACCUCAGUGCCAAUGAGCAGCUUGUCGGCCCUCAUGCAUCGGGUGUGAACUCCAUCCUGCCCAAGGAGCACGGGAGCCAGUUUUUCUACCUGCCCAUCAUAAAGCAUAGUGACGAUGAGGUUUCAGCCACAGCCUCUUGGGACUCCUCAGUACAUGAUUCCGUCCACUUGAAUAGGGUCACACCCCAGAAUGAAAGGAUUUACCUCAUCGUGAAGACCACAGUCCAGCUCAGCCACCCGGCUGCUAUGGAGUUAGUCUUGCGAAAACGGAUUGCAGCCAACAUUUACAAUAAACAGAGUUUCACCCAGAGUUUGAAGAGGAGAAUAUCAUUGAAAAAUAUAUUUUAUUCCUGUGGUGUCACCUAUGAAAUAGUAUCCAAUAUACCAAAGGCAACAGAGGAGAUAGAGGACCGGGAAACGUUGGCUCUCAUGGCAGCAAGGAGUGAAAACGAAGGCACGUCGGAUGGGGAGACCUACAUUGAGAAGUACACACGUGGUGUGCUGCAGGUGGAAAACAUUCUGAGUCUCGAACGGCUCCGCCAGGCCGUCACUGUAAAAGAAGCACUUUCCACCAAAGCCCGGCAUAUGCGGAGGAGCCUUAGUACACCAAAUGUUCAUAACGUCUCUUCCAGUCGACCAGACCUUUCUGGCUUUGACGAAGAUGAUAAGGGCUGGCCGGAGAACCAGUUAGACAUGUCUGACUACAGCUCCAGUUACCAAGAUGUAGCAUGUUAUGGAACCUUACCCAGGGAUUCACCUCGAAGGAGUAAAGAAGGUUGUACAUCAGAGAAUCCUCAUGCCUUAAUGGUCAGCCCUUUUAAAGCAUUCUCUCCUCAGCCACCAAAGUUUUUCAAACCCCUCAUGCCUGUAAAAGAGGAGCAUAAGAAAAGGACAGCUCUUGAAACGAGGCCUCUUCUGAGCCAGGAGAGCAUGUCUCCACCUCAGCCACAUAACCUUGGCUGCAUUGUACCCUCAGGAAGCAAUGGCAGCCGCAUGCCAGUAGAACACAAUAGCAAACCUGAGAAGAAGAUUGACUCGGAGGAGGAGGAAAAUGAGCUGGAAGCUAUCAACAGGAAGCUGAUAAGCUCGCAGCCUUAUGUACCUGUGGAGUUUGCUGACUUCAGUGUUUACAAUGCUGGCUUGGAGAACAGGGAGUGGUUUUCUUCUAAAGUAGAUUUGACAAACUCACGGGUCUUGGAGAAGGAAGUAUCCCGUAGCCCUACCACCAGCAGUAUUACCAGUGGCUACUUUUCCCACAGUGCCUCCAAUGCCACUCUGUCUGACAUGGUGGUCCCUUCUAGUGACAGCUCAGAUCAGCUGGCCAUUCAGAUGAAGGAUGCAGAUACCCAUGACCAUUCUGGACCAUCGCUUACGCACGAGUGCAGACUGUCCUCAAACAAAGAGUUGACAGAGCUAGAAAGAGGCUUGGUAAAGGAUAAGUUAAUCACGGUGCCACUCAAGGAAAACAGUGCCUUAACCAAAGGGAGCCCAUCAUCCCAAAGCAUCCUUGAGAAAAACUCCAAAAUACUGUGUAGAGCUGGCUCAUGUUCAGAACUAGAUGCCUGCCCCAGCAAAAAUGGCCCACCAGCCAGGGAAUUCUUCCCCAGGGAGGUGACCGUAGAACACACCACAAACAUCCUGGAGGAUCAUUCUUUCACAGAGUUCAUGGGUGUGUCGGAUGGGAACAAUUUUGAUGGUUUAACGGAUUCUUCUGCUGGAGAACUUUUGAGGAGGAGGAACCUACCAAAUAAAACUGAGAGUAAGAGUGUCCCAGAGGGGCUGCAGGACCCUGGCCAGCUGCAUUCUGCAUCAGACAGUGACCAGGGGAGCACAGCUGCAACUGCACGGUGAAGGCAGCGAGCGCUCGGGGCCACGGAAUGGCAGCCAUCUUCCAUAGACUCGCCAAGCACCAGCCUCCAUCAUUAAAACAUGCUGCAGCCCUGCCCGACCUCAGACCAGCUCUGGCCCGGAGAAACAGAGACCCUUCUCCUGGGCCACCUCCUUCCCCCUUCUGCGUGGGAGAAGCGGCACUUUGUCACUUGGAUGAAUCGGCAGCCUCUGCUUUUUCCAGAAAGCAAGAGAACCGAAAAUCGUGGAUUAAUUAAGUGGCAGUAUUUUUGUUUGCACUUACUACACACCCCUACUGUGUAGAAACCUCUACAGAUUCGAACAAGUAAACUCUAUUCUUGUACAACUUUAAUCGAUUCUUACUGUAGACCCUGGAGUUAACGCUCUAAUUUUUUUUUAAUAUAAAUAAUAUAUAUAAUGUAUAUGAAAUGUGUAUCUAUAGUUUGUCCAGAGACAGACAAGGCUGCACGCUAAAAUGCAGGUAAAGGUGAAUUGUAGAAAAUCAGAAGGUACUGGACUUUGUUACAAAGCAACAUGGGCGAUCUCUUAGAUGCAAGUGAAUGAAAAAUACCUUAUUGUGUAGGGAUGAGGUUGCAGAUCCCUCUUUGCAGAAAAGGUUACGGAAUGCUGUUCUUUAUAACCAAAGAACUUACAUAAGACUGAACGUUUUUGCUGUCCACUCUUGUUUUUUGUGUACAUAUAUGUUUGACUGCAAGUUUGGUGCCAUAGUUCUCUUGGCUACCAAGCCACAUGCUGCCGUUCUCUGUCCUCUCAUAAGCACACUGAUAAAUCUCACAACUAUAUUCUUUGGUCUUCCACCUGGCCACCAUCUGCUGACUUGACAUUGUAUUAUAACCAUUGACAAUGCCUGGGGCUCUCACUCCUGUGUCUCCCAUCACAUUGGUGCAGCCCAGCCAGGCAGGUGGAAUUCAGAGAGCAGUAUUACUGUAAGAAAACACAAGAACAUACCAAGAGUUAGGUGGGAAGAGGGGGUGUUGGUUUUUGGUUUUUUUUUGUGUGUGUGUGUUUUUGUUUUGGAUUAUUAGGUGAUAUUGUGGUGUGGUUUUGCUGUUGUUGUUAUUUUACUUAAUUCUGGAAAAUUUGGAAGAGAUGGGUUGAGCUCUUCACGGGCGCAUACUUCAUUGUGUUUGCAGGAGAUGAUCAGUUACAGGUGACCCUGCUGUCCGUGAUUUCAUUUGUAAGAUUCUCCUACUGAUGGAGACAGGGAAGGAUCAUGUGUGUGGACAUUUGUACACAAGUACUUUCUGUAUCUAUUCUGUAGAUGCCUGUACAAUUGGAUUGGAUGUGUUGUGAGAGCGAGCAAGAGAGAGAGAAUGUGUACAGCCUGCUGUACCUUUUUAAGUUCUUAGCAUCAAUAAGUGACGAAGAUAUUGGAGACCUUAAUGAAAAGCUGCUGUUCAUGAUUUUUUGUGUAUAGUGAGCUGACUGUAGUAUUUUACUAUUGUCUGUUUAAAGAAAGAAAAAAACUGUAAUUUAUAUCCUUUUUCAACAUUAUUGUAUUUAAUUGGUACAGAUUUUUGUGUGUUUUAGAAUACAAAUGGUUUAAUUCAGGUUUUGAAAA